AUGAUUAAUAUUCAAACAAUCACUUGUGAAUCUUCAUGUGUUUAUGAUGUUGGAAAUGGACAAAAAUUAGAUAUUCGUACUUUAGGUUAUGCAAAUGGAAAACAACCAAAGUAUAAUAAUAUACCCAAUACAAGUCCUGUAAAAUCUUCAUUAAGUUGGAACGGAUGUUUUUCUUAUUCAAAAUCUGAUGGUGGUGAUUGUAUAAAUGCUGCAUCAUGUUCUACUAAUCUAAAAGCGGGUGUGUCAACUAUCAUUGCUAAACAAAGUGAUGUUGAAUUCGAACAUCAUGACAACGUCAAUUUACUUAUUUAUCAUUCAUCUGAUAGACUUCUUACUGUUUAUUUAACAUGUAUUGAUGCUGAUGAAGAUACAGUAAAUGGUCGUCAAGAUGAUGGACGCACAUUUAAUAUUUACAUUCAAUCUCGAUGUUGUUGUCCUGGUAAAUGUCAUUAUUCACCUAACUCUGGAUCUAUAAGUGGUGGUGCUAUUUUUAUUAUUCUAUUAGUUUCUAUUCUAUUUGUUUAUCUUAUUGGUGGAAUGAUUUUUUUAAAAUUUGGACGUGGUGCUGCUGGCACAGAUAUGAUACCAAAUCGUUUACUAUGGAUAAAUAUAAUAAUAUAUGCUCUUGAUGGACUACGGUAUUCUAUGCAAGUUGUUCGACAAAAAAAUUUCAAUGCUGAUUAUCAAAAAAUAUAA